CUAAGAUUCACUUGUUUGAAAUGUGAAGUCUUUGGUGUUCUUUCAAAAGCAAAAAAAAGUACCUAAGUCCUCUGCAGCUGCUAUUGUUGCCAGAAAUCCAGAAUUAAUCUGAUGAUUUAAAAACUGCCUUCUAAUAGAAGAGACUUGCUUUCCUUCACUGUUUGUGGUCCAAGUUGUGCAAAUUUGACAUGUAUAAUUCUACAUAUACACAUGAUGAUGACUCUGAUGAUGAGAUUGCUACUCAGUAUGUUAUCCAACAAAGCUUGCAGGAUAUCCAUAGAAGUGAGACAGUUACAGAUUCAGCAGAGACUGAUAGCUUUCGAUAUGUUACAAGCAAAGAACAUGGGAAGAUAAUCACAGCUAUUCGGACAGGCCAAGAAGAAGUCUUGCAGAAGUUAAUGAGGCACCAUUCUGCUUUUAAGGAAGCAGAUCACCAAGGCUGGCUUCCUCUGCAUGAAGCUGCAGCACAGUUAAACAAGAACAUCCUAGAAAUAACUCUGAAAGCCUCGCAUCCUGUUGUGUGGGAGCAAACCAAUCUGAAAGGAGAAACUCCUCUCUUUCUGGCAGUAGAAAAAUGCUUUGUAGACAAUGUCAAUUUUUUCCUGGUCAAUGGAUGCAACCCCAACAUUAAGAACGAAGAAGGAGACUCUUCUCUAGUUAUAGCAAUUAAACAUGACUCGUAUGAAAUCGCCUCCCUGCUGAUCAAGUUUGGAGCAAAUGUAAAUUUACAGUGCGUCAAUAAGAGGACAGCAUUACAUGAGGCAGCCAGACUGGGCAGGAAGGACUUGGUUAACCUUCUGCUUUGUUCUGGAGCUGAUCCUGAUCCCUGCAGUGCCUAUGGGCUCACUCCCCUCGCUCUGGCAGCACAGAUUGGGCAUACAGAAAUAAUGGAAAUCUUACUGAAAAAAGGUGCUGAUGUCUUUUCACAGGCCUUUGAUUGUGCUUCAAUAUUAUUUGAAGCUGCCGGAGGAGGAAAUCCAGAUUCAGUGGCUCUUUUACUGGAGUAUGGGGCUGAUGCCAAUGUACCAAAGCACUCGGGUCACUUGCCUAUCCAUAGAGCUGCAUAUAGAGGACACUAUUUAGCUUUGAAGUGCUUGGUUCCAGUUACUGAUUUUGAUGCCAUUGAGGAGAGUGGGAUAAGUCCAGUUCACUCUGCAGCAGCAGGAGCACAUCCUCAGUGCCUUGAGUUUCUUCUCAAAUCUGGGUUUGACGCCAAUUUCAUGUUGGGUCAGAGAAUUCGCAAGGGCUAUGAUGACCAGCGGAAAUCAGCUUUAUAUUUUGCUGUCUCAAAUGCAGAUAUCUGUUCAGCUCAACUACUCCUGAAUGCUGGAGCCCUGCCAAAUCAAGACCCCAUUAACUGUCUUCAAUUAGCUUUGAGGAUGGGCAACUAUGAGUUAAUGAGUCUUUUGCUUCGCCAUGGGGCCAACGUAAAUUACUUCUGCAGAGUGAAUACAACGCAUUUCCCAUCGGCUUUGCAGUAUGCUCUGAAAGACGAAGUCAUAUUAAGGAUGUUGUUGAACUAUGGGUAUGAUGUGUACCGCUGCUUUGAUUGUCCUCAUGGAGACAACUCCCAUUCCCAAUACGUGUUUGCAGGAUGGACUUCUACUGUUAUCAAAGACACAAUGUUCUGUGAGGUGAUAACGCUGUCAUGGCUGAGGCACUUGUCUGGGAAAGUAGUGCGAGUAAUGCUAGAUUACAUUGAUCAUGUUAACAUUUGCGGUAAGCUGAAACCAGUUCUCAAAGAACAGGAGCUGUGGCCAGAAAUUGAAUCCAUGAUAACAAAUCCUCGCACUUUGAAACAUCUUUGUCGUUUGAAGAUCCGGAAAUGCAUGGGGCGCUUGCGUCUGCGCUGUCCUGUCUUCAUGACAUUCCUUCCUCUACCCAACCCUUUAAAAGAAUAUAUACUAUUCAAGGAAUAUGAUCUUUAUGGACAAGGGAACUUCAGAGGAACUUUCUGAGGACAUCAACUGGAUAGCAUCGUAGUCCUGUGUUUUAGAAAGAACGUGCAACUGGAUAAAGACUGUUUCAUGCAGUUUUUUCCCCCUGUUGGGAUUUAAACUCCUACAGGCAUCACAAAUCCAGCCAUUUCUUUUGGAUGCAAAGGAAUUAAACUACAGUAGAGUACGUAUUAGAUAUGCCAGCAUCCAUCCCUAAUAGCAGAGAGAGCUUCCACCAUAUAACAGAUGUAUGAAGGAUAUGGCAGUAAUAAUUUGAAACUAUACUAGUAAACACAUUUAUGUCAACAUUUUCAAAUAAUUCAAGGAAUGGUGAAAUAGCCCUCAAAUGGCCCACAACCUUGAGUUGAAGAGGUUUUGCUACUACUUGUACUAUCUGCUUUUUGGUUGGACCAAAAUGUGGUGAGAGCAGCUACUGCUGCAGCAGUUUAGCUUUGAACUAAAACUAGGAGCGGCAGAGGCUGUUUAAUCUUCUGCUUCCAUCGUGCCUUCCUAUGAAAAAGAGGGAAGGAGUUGCAGUUGUUUGACACAGUUUUGACUUUUAAACACUGAUGUAAGCAGUACUUAUAUUUGUUUUUUUCAUCUGGUUAGUCAGUGGUCACUUCUAAGCAGCUAUUCUCCAGUUAUAAACAGAUAUUCAGUAAUGAAUGUGAGACACUGAAGCUUUUUCAGUCAGAAAUCUGUUUUCCUGAGAUUCAAGGUAGUUCUACUUUUCAUUCUCAGAUACUGAACUGUCCUACCACCUUGCUACUUAAGCGUUGUUCUAAAUAGAGUAUGAUCUAGGGCAGUCAGUUAGUUUUUCUUCAGAAUUGUUCUUUAAAAGGAUCUGCGCAGAUGUUUGGAACACAUCUUGGACCAGGCUCUUGCACUUUCAUGUAGCAGUGGUGGUCAUAGUCUACCUAUUGCUAUAUUUUUAGGAAAGAGGUGAUAGCAUGCAUAAUCUUCAAUAGAACAGCUGGGAAGAAUCUGGGAGGUGUAAAACCCAAGUCAUGACUAGGCUUUAUUGGUGAAUUGAAAAUAGCUUUUUCUUGUAGCACCUCUGACAAAGAAAACUCCAGAAUGGCAAAUCAAUGCAUAUUUUCUUUUGAUCAGUCAAUGCUUUGUGGGGUGAAGUGAUAAUGCAACUGUCAUAAACGCCAAAAUAUUUUGACAGACAAGGUUUGUCAGAGAGUUUGUCUGUUGGCUUCUUUUAUGUAGUCUUCACGGUUCAGGAUAACUAUAGCUCCUCCUUUAUCUGUUGGUUUUACUACUAUUUGGUAGUUAGAUUUUAAGAGAUUCUAUGGCCCUUCUCUCUGAGAGGGAGAGGUUGUUAUGGUGGCGUGUCUUGUUGAUUAUUUCAUUGUUCAUUUUUUUCCUGAAGCAGUCAAUACAGCAGUCAAGGUUAGAAUUUUGUCCACUGUGAGGUAUCCAACCUGAUUUUCUUUGUUUUUUUGUGGGGUUGAUCUUUUCCUUGAUGUGGCCAAAGGAUAAAAUGUUGUUGGAAGUGGAUUCAUUUAGGUUGUGAAAAUAUUCCUGGAGGCAGAGGCUUUAGAAGAAUUCUUCUAGUUCUCCACACUGAAGUAUUUUAUUAGGGUAUUUUUCUGGACAAAAAUUCAGGUCUUUAGAGAGGACAGGUUUUGCAGCUUUGGUAACUGUGUGAAUGGAGAGAUGGAUAAUAUUUAAUGGUUGGUCGCUUCUUUUAGUUUCGAGUUUGAGGCUGGAAUGUUGUACGGUGUUGGUGUUGUUUCUCUGAUGGUUGUUUUGUGGUUGGAAAAGUUGUUCCUGGAGUAACUGCUUCCAUUUCUUCUUUUUAUGUUUUAUGGAUGUUGUAGAAAUUCUUUGGUAGUCUCUUUGUAUACAUUGUAUAAUGUUUGGGAAGAUGUCUGGGUUUUCUAAGUUGUUGUAGCAUGUGGUGAUUUCCUUCCUAAGUUGAUCUCUUUUGAAGUAGGUUAAGUGAAGAUGAUUUCUAAGUUUCUCUGAAGUUCUCCUGCAAAGUUGUGAAGCAUAUUUGGAGUUGUGUAUAGUAGUCAGAGGAUUGUAGAUGUUUAGUCCUGUGGGAAUAAUGUUGUUUCUUGUAUAGGAUUAGAAAAUAUAUGUCGCUGUUGAUUUUGGCUUCUUUCUUUUUCAUGUUGCGUAAUUUCCAUUUCAAAAGGCAAAAUUCAAUAUAUUUCAUGUUUCAGGGGUAUAGGUUGUAGCUGUGUUGGUCUAAGGACAUAGGCAGAUAAUGUCCUUAGACCAACAUGGCUACAACCUAUACCCCUGAAACAUGGAAAAUAUUUUGAGGUAUUCAUGGGAUUUUCAUGCAUGUUUUCUUGAGCUAGCUCUGCUGGUAUGGCAUGUGUGGUCUCUUUGGAAAGUCAGUGUUAUGUUGUACUUAUUCAUGUUACUUUUAGCACUAUAUGGAUUAUAUUAUGCUGUCUAUAUGUCACCUGUAUGAUCUUGGACAUUGUUUAGUCAAAGGAACUAAGGGAAUGGGAGUAGGCAAAAGUGCUAAGUAUCUCUUGCCACUGUGUUAUUAGGACAAGAAUGAGUGCCACUCCCAAGUAUCAGCAGAAGAGGCUAAUUUUGGAAUGAUCACCCAAGCUACUGUCUGUCUCUAAUGGAGAAACCAACCCCACAACAGCUAUGGCAGACACAUGGGUCAUUAGCUAGAGGAAUUCCAGAUGUCCUAGGAAAGAGAGAAAUUUCUGGCAGAUUCUUAAAAUCAUCAGCAACUGGGACAAUGCUGAUGGGGGAGGGAGCUGGCUUGGAAGUAUUUCGGGGCUAUCUAUAAGAUAGUUGUGUUUUUUGGAUUAUCCCAGGCUUUGGGGCUUCUAGUAGGGGUGCACUGAUAAACAUUUUUUGGACCGAUACUGAUGGCCAAUUAUUAAUGAGCCAUAUCAACCAAUACUGAUCCGAUUGCCAAUAUGCAAGCCCGGCAGCUUGGAGAGCAGC